UAUUUCACCAAGUCAAAGGUGAGGUUUUUGAGGGGGUUUAAGGUAGAAGCCGCCAUUGAAGGUGCCUUCGCAUUCCUCCAUCUCCCCUGCUCCCGGCCACUGAAACCCUAGCAACUAUCAUCCCCUUACCACCGAGCUCGCCGAGCACAGCCAUGUCCUCUCCCGAUCCGCAGCUGCCUGAUCCUCAGCCUUCCGAUCUUCCUCCCGCCGACCAAAGAACCGUAGAGACGGGACCUCCCCAGCCCGACGCGGAGUCUGCUGAAUCAGAGCAGGUAGAGGGAGAUGAUGAAGAGGGGGAGGGGGAAGGAGAGUGCGGAUUUUGCCUGUUCAUGAAGGGCGGCGGCUGCAAGGACUCGUUCAUUGACUGGGAGAAGUGCAUCGAGGAGGCGGAGAAGAACAAGGAGGACAUCGUGGAGAAGUGCUUCCAGGCCACCGCCGCCCUGAAGAAGUGCAUGGAGGCUCACGCCGACUACUACGAGCCCAUCCUCAGGGCCGAGAAGGCCGCCGAGGAGGAGGCCGUGCGGGAACUGGAGAAGGAAGCUGCAGCUAAAGAUUCCGAGACGCAGGGGAAGUCCGAGGAGCGGGUUGAGGUCUUGGAGGUUCCGGGUAACGAGGGACGGGUUUCAGCUCAAUGAUCCUUGUUUUUCGAUUUUUUUUGGCUCGUUGCUGUGCUAAUCUGCCAUGAUUGUGGCAUCUGAAGCAUUGCUCAAUCUUAGGGUUUAGAUUUUUGUGGACGCAUUGAAAAUGCUGAUAGAAGAUGAGACAAACAUUAUAAUCAAAAGGAAAUUUUUUGCUGUCUACUAGGUUUAUUCGGAAUAAUUGUAUUUGAAUACAAAUUGAGGCUGUGAAUUCAGCUGAGCGAUGCUUUACCUUGUCAAAGUUCUGAACUUCUGUGUUCAUUUAUUCUAAGAUUCAUCGUGCCCUUCGUAUU